AUGCGCGCUUCUCUCGACUCCACUCUUCUUAUCUUAGCCAACAUUUUGGCGGUCAAGGCUCAGUCGUGUCCUGACAUUCACAUUUUUGGCGCUCGUGAAACUUCAGUUGCACCGGGUUUUGGAUCGGCUGGCCAACUAGUUGACAUGAUCAAGGCUGAUCACCCUGGCGCGACUUCAGAGGCUAUUGACUACCCUGCUUGUGGUGGCCAGGCUUCAUGUGGUGGUGUUCAGUACGGUGACUCUGCGAAGCAAGGUACACAAGCUGUUACCACUGCUGUGAACGGUCUGAACCAGCGUUGCCCUCAGACAAAGAUUGUUCUGGUUGGUUACUCUCAGGGCGGUCAAAUCAUGGACAACAACAUCUGCGGUGGGCCUGACUCUGGGGCUGGCAUAUCUGAUUCAUCCGUUCCUCUGUCCGCCAGUGCAGUCCAACAGGUCAAGGCUGUCAUCAUGCUCGGGGACCCUCGAUUCGUGAGCGGUCUAUCUUACGGAGUCGGCACAUGCACUGCCGGCGGUUUCGAUGCCAGACCUGCGGGCUUCACUUGCCCCAACGCAGACAAGGUGCAGAUCUACUGUGACUCUCAGGAUCCCUUCUGCUGCAAUGGAAACGACUCCAACCACCACCAGCAAUAUGUCAGCAUUUAUGGAAAAGAAGCUUUGGCAUUUGUUAACAGCAAGCUCUAA